UCUCACACUCGGUUGUUUUGCGCGUGAAGAAGAGCCAGCGUGAGUGAGGGAGAGAGGUGGACAGACGAAUCCGGGCUGACUGGGAAGAGGUUCUGACACCGUAGUGGGGUUCCGGUAGCCUCCUACAGGCUCCAGAUGGGAGGUUAUUAUGCCCGGCAUAAGCGUGUCCCUGCGAACUUUGUCUGAAGCGGAGAAGCAUCUCAGCAGGCCGGAUGGACCGGAGCACAGAGAGCGGGUUUUUCAGCCUGCCUCUCUCAAUACGUCGGGGUUCCUCAGUGAACAAUCUGGAUGUGGACCUCCCUGAUGGAAGUUCCCGCUCUGGGCUCGGCCUGGAGGUUCAGCGCAGUCAUUCCUGUUUGGACAACCUCCAGCAGAAGAUCCUGAAGGUGACGGAGCAGCUGAAGAUUGAGCAAACGGCCCGAGAUGAGAACGUGGCAGAGUAUCUGAAGCUUAUGAACAGUGCGGACAAGCAGCAGGUGGGACGCAUCAAGCAGGUGUUUGAGAAGAAGAACCAUAAGUCGGCUCAGAACAUUGCACAAAUGCAGAAGAAACUGGAGCAGUACCAUCGAAAGCUGAAAGACAGCGAAGCCCAUCUCAGCCAUCCCCCUCGCUCCUCCUCAGUCAAACGCAGCACCAUACCCAGGGAGUCCCCCAGAGAGCUGCUGAGGGACAUGACCGGCAGCGGCCGACACCCCACCAUGGACAAGAUUAAAACCAUUGGACCAGGAGUAUCCCUCUCGCCUCCUUUCUUCUUUAACAAACCCAGAGAGUUUGCCAACCUGAUUAGGAAUAGGUUUGGCAGUGCUGAUAACAUAGCCCACCUAAAAACCAACCUAGACAACUCCUGCCCCUCGCUGCCUCCAGAGAAUGUGGGUAAAGGCCUGAGUAGCAGCACAUCUUUGGUGGGAAAGCCCAAAUAUCCCAGUGAUGAUGAGUGCUCCUCAGGCAGCACCUCCUUUUCAGCAGACAGCAAUGGGAACCAAGCUGUAGGAGGAGCAAGUGGAGGACAGGGACAGCAGGCCGAGGGAGACGUCCACGGCAAACUGGACCUGUACUAUGAUGAUGUGAGGGAGAUUAAAGACACCCAGAGCCAGAUGGAGGAAGACAUUGAGGAAAUUAGGACACAGUUCAAGAAACAUUAUGAUCUGAUGAGUCAAACACUACAGGAGGAGAAAUACAGGUACGGGCGUUUGGAGGACCAGCUGAACGACCUUUCAGAACUUCACCAACAUGAAAUGACCAAUCUGAAGCAGGAGCUGGCCAGCAUUGAGGAGCGGGUGGCCUACCAAGCUCAGGAGAGGGCCAGAGACAUACAGGAAGCCCUAGAGUUGUGUCAGACCCGCGUGUCGAAGCUGGAGCUCCACCAGCAGCACCAGCAGCAGACGGUCCAGCUGGAGAGUCCCAACGCGCGUGUCCUCCUGGGAAAAAGCAUCAACAUCAUGCUGGCCGUCAUCACCGUCAUCCUGGUGUGCAUCUCCACCGCGGCCAAGUUUGUCGCCCCGCUGAUGAGGAGCCGGUACCAUGUGGUGGCGACUCUCAUGGGGGUGUGCUUCCUGACUGUCUUCUGGAAGAACUGGGACCGUUUACAGUUCGCCAUCGACCAGAUGUUGGUACCUGCCUAGAAGAGAAAAGAUCACUCUUAGUUAUUAAUGAUGUAGCUGUUAUAAUGUGGGGAUUGGUUUUACAAUCCCCAGAAAAUAUGAUUUAUUUUUAAGAGGUUCGUGUUUUUUAAAGACAGCGUGGGUUUUUUAUUUCCUUACAUACAUUACAUUCUCUAACCUGAAUGUUUUACUAACAACCAACCAACUAUAUUUAUCUAACAGAACAUGCUUGUUAUUAUGAAAUCAGUCAUAAGAAAGGUAGAUGAGUGUGUUUUUACAGCAGAUGGAUACAGUUGUCUGAUUUUAUUCCAGCUGAUCAUGUGGCUCCCGUCAGCCUUGACCAAAAUAGAUAAUUGGUUAUUAAUUACAUUUUUAUGUUUUUUUUUUAUUAUUUCCUCCAGUGAGGACAGAACACAUGACUUUUCUAGACAUAAUCAUUUGUAAAAAAUAAAAUGUAAAAAAUUA